AACAAGCAACAUUACGAAUCCAGUUUUAAUGUCAUUUAUCGUAAAUAAAUAAAUAAAAACAGCAUUUAAAAACGUAUAUGAAUCACAAACAUCUAAAUUAAACCAUAGUUUGAAUUAAAACUUAAAUUAAAGGCAGUCUGUGAUACCUCUGACGCAAAGUGGCCCACUGCGCCCUGUCACUUCUGAUCCCUCUGUGCUUGUUUUCAGAGGAGCGCAAUGGGACGGGGGUUCUGUGUUAAAUCUACUGUGACCAAUGAACGCGCCGCUGUUUGUGGCAAGCACAUCUGUCAAGCGUUUCUGACCAAUAGACAGCAGCGCGAGGCGGAUCUCAGGUGCGCGCCUCUGCAUCCUCGCGGCUUUGGCGCGCUGGGGAGCCGCCUGUGGCACAGAGUAGCUGUCAAACGCGCGCUCGCGAGCACCGUGGAAACUAUGGCGACCGCGGCGUCCAACCACUACAGCAUCCUCACGUCCAGCGCGUCCGUCGUCGCGCACUCGGAGCCCGGCAGCAUGCAGCAGACGCCGCCGGCCUACAGGGACGCGCAGAGUCUUCUGCAGAGCGAGUACACCACCCUGCAGAGCAGCGGGAGCACGCUCAGCCACGCGCACCAGUGGUUAACGGCGGCGCUGUCUCACGGGGGAGAGGGAUCGCCUUGGCCCGCCAGCCCGUUGGGCGAGCAGGACAUUAAGCCCACCCUGCAGGGCGACGUGGACGAGCUGCAGCACUCGCCGAGUUUGACGCCCAGACAAGCGCAUCUGGUGCAGCAGAGCCAGCAUCACGACGCGGGCGCCUGGCGCGCGUCGACCACGGCUCACAUGACGAGCAUGACCACCUCGAACGGUCAGAGCAUGAUCUACUCCCAGCCCGGGUACGGUGAGCAGGGAAUGCACCAUCACGCCCUCAGGGACGCACACGAGGACCACCACAGCCCGCACCUCAGCGAGCACGGCCACCUGCAGAGUCUCCAUCAGGGACACCACGAGCACUCGGACGAGGACACGCCGACCUCGGACGACCUAGAGCAGUUCGCCAAGCAAUUCAAGCAGCGUCGGAUCAAGCUGGGUUUCACGCAAGCGGACGUGGGGCUCGCGUUGGGCACGCUGUACGGCAAUGUUUUCUCCCAGACCACCAUCUGCAGGUUCGAGGCGCUUCAACUGAGCUUUAAGAACAUGUGCAAACUCAAACCCUUGCUCAAUAAAUGGCUGGAGGAGGCGGACUCCACCUCGGGAAGUCCGACCAGCCUGGAUAAAAUAGCUGCGCAGGGAAGGAAGAGGAAAAAGCGGACAUCCAUCGAGGUGAGUGUCAAAGGGGCCUUGGAGAGCCAUUUCCUCAAGUGCCCCAAACCCGGUGCGUCCGAGAUCAACUCUCUGGCGGACAGCCUACAGCUGGAGAAAGAGGUGGUGCGGGUCUGGUUUUGUAACCGACGGCAGAAGGAGAAGAGGAUGACGCCUCAGAACGGACCCAUACCCGGUAACGAGGAUAUGUACGGGGACACCUCGCCUCACCACGGAGCUCCGACACCUGUUCCGUGAGAAGGGGGCGGCCACACACACUCAGACAGCGACUUUGUCUUUGUCCCGGUCACAAGCCCGUUCACUGCGGGCCGACGGUGAUGAUGAUGAUGAUGUGCUGGCACGGCACUUCAGAGGGAGCGGAGCGCGCAUUGUUGCCCGAACAAUAUAAUGGCACGGGCGCGAGAAAACGCGCUCAAAGUAAACCAAGGCGUUACGCGCGGGUGAACCUAAAGAGCGAACGUUUUACGCGUAAAUAUAUAUAUAUAUAUAUAUAUAUAUAUAUAAAUCAUUUGAAGUCCGAGGAUCUGUGAAAGCAUCAUAUCACUUCCAACCGAAAGCUGUGAAAAGGGCGUCAGGGGCACGUAUUCUCUCACGCCAUCUUCCCCUCAUGACCACAAAAAGCUGAUUGAAAUGAAUCAAGUGCAAUGUCUUCAUUCUCUUCAAAAUAUUAAUGGCAACGAAGGCAAAGCAACCCAAUUUCAUGCAGAUCACGGAUUCACACUGCUGGUGCAAAACAGAGCGCCCGUCCAAAUCGAGGCCUGAGGAAAGAUUAAAUCCUUCUCCAGAAUUGUAUAGUGCUGUGCAGCACAUCAGAUCGACUAUUCUUAAUUUAAAUGAUGUUUUUAUAUCCAGAAAUUGAGGUUUUAUUUACAAUUUUGAAAAUAAGUUUGGGAGCUGAUGGAUUUCCAAGCAGCCAAAUGCGGACGUGAUUUGAAACAAGCUUGAAUGAAUAAGAAUGUUUUGAACUUCUUGUUUUAAACCAUUUUGGUCUAUUCAAUUUCCUCUUAUGAAAAUACAGGAGAAAUCUAAAAGAAACCCAAAUUAUCAUUCAUGAUUUUCACAAUAAAGACAAAAACAAACCUCCCUUUUAUUGCAAUUUGUCUGGAAACCCUUAAUAUAAAUAGCAGGAUAACAACAACAACAACAACAAUAACAACAACACUAAUAAUAAUAAUAAUAGUAGUAGUAGCCACAGUGCCCAUUUUUCUUGUCCAUCUCUAUUAUUAUAGUAACAUUGUGUUGUAUUAUUUUGUGCAUCGACUUCAUGUAUUGCCUCAACAUGUUUGUAACUGUUUCUUGUUUUCCAAAACUUAUUUGUUUGUGUCAGCUGUCGCGCGCCUUUUAUUUAACGGGUAAUUACAAUUAUCUGAUGGCCGGCAUCGAAAUAUAAGGACAUUGUAGCCUACGUGGAUUUUUUUAUGGCUUUGUGUAUACUUGUAUAUUUGUAUAUUUGUGCACUUACCCUGGCACUGCCAAAGCACAACCUGUCAGUGUGCCCUAUUAAGACCAUUAAUGUCUUUGGUUUUGACACAGUUUUUAAAAGCCUUUUGUCAUUAAAGGAAUACAUUUUUAUAUAAAGAAGUGCAUCUCAUGAAUCAAUGCCCCGUGGUUAAUUUUACCGAGGAGGAUGAUCUUGAAGAUAAAUGGCGUUCUCAGUUUCACAGAUUAUUAGAAUAUCAAGGCAAGCUGAGUAUUAUAUAGCCUCGGGAUAAAAUGAAGUUAUGGAUCCAUUUCAACAAAUCAUUUGCUUGGAUUUCUACGUGACCGUUGAGACGAAUUUUUUGGCCAUUUCACUCACUAACGAUGACGGAUGAAAAGUACUUAGAAAAGAGAUGUGAAACGGAGCCUUGUCUUGAUAUAUUGU